CUAAGGCCCAGGGUGCAAGCUUUACUUCUCUGUCCUCUCGCUCCAUACGGAAAACAAACCAGUCCAUCACAAGUUCGAAAUUGAAAAUGCGCGGUCUCAGAAGCCUUGCCUCCCUCGCCGUUUUCGGCUUGGUCCAAGCCCAGGAUAACAUCGUCUUCGGCCCUGCGUUCUCCCUCGGCCCUACCAAGUCAUGGAUCCGUGAAGCGACUACUACGCUGGUGCUGCCCGAAGCACCAAGCCCUCAGGAAGAUCGCCUUGCACUCUGGCCAGGAAUGGGAACCAGCGGUGGUGACCUGAUCCAGGCUCUCGCUGUCUCUUUCUCAGACCCUGCAGCAAACUGCGGCGCUAGCUCCGGCCAAUGGUGCACAUGGGCAAGCACUCUUCAGGGAACCCAACUGGGCGGGAAACAAGUUCCGGCCUCUGCAGGCGACAAGCUUGUCAUGCACUACAAGUACAACGAUAGUACCGGCAAAUAUGACCAGACAGUGACCAUCAACGGCGAGGUCGUCUCGAGCCUCUCAACUAGCUCUGGCCAGGCCCAAGGAUGGGGUACUGCCGUUGAGGCCCAGGACAACGCCUCUAAGAGCACUGUUGCUGCACACCAGUACCUUGAUACUACCAUCAUCCUCGAUGCCGCUGACCUGACCUUCCGUGAUACCCUCGGCCUCACCGAUGCUGACUCCACUGGCUUGACGACCUCCGACAAUGGCAAGACCUGGAAGGUGACUACCAUCAACAUUCAUGAGCACUCUUUCUAAGACAUGAAAGGGCGUUGUGUAUAUGUACCAAAGGACGUUUUCGUCCCUCCUAUAUAUUCUCAUUGUCGUUCUACCCUUGAUAUAUUGUACAUAGGAUUGACGAAAGGUGUGGCUUUCCUUAAGACGAGGAUAGAAUUGUUUACUCCGACGUGAUUUGCCUCAAAUUAUAUUGCAAACAGGCU